AGGCACACCAUUCAUUUUCCAAUCUUUACGUCUUUUUCUUAUAAUAAUAUUUUUUACUUUCUGACGAAAAAAAUAAAUGAAUAACAAAUCCAUUUAUUUUAUUAAGUCUUUCCGUACAGAACACCCAAGUACAAAACCGGUGUCUGGAGUGCAUAUGCCCGAAAAGUGCCACGAAAUGGAAGCUCUACUUGUAAGAAAACUGGGCGAUCCUACUCUGCCACCGAAUGGCUCGGAGAAUUCACCACUCGAUCUCUCAACGUCCCACCCUAUCCCUAAUUUGUCCACUCCAACCUCCGUUAGAGUUCGAGUCAAAGCGACCAGCUUGAAUUUCGCAAAUUACCUCCAAGUUCUCGGCAAAUACCAGGAGAAGCCUCCAUUACCGUUCAUCCCUGGCUCCGAUUACUCCGGUUUCAUUGAUGCCGUUGGACCCAAUGUCACUAAGUUCAGAAUUGGGGAUCCCGUUUGCUCUUUUAUUGGCCUUGGCUCAUUUGCGCAAUUCGUCGUCGCUGAUGAAUCCGACUUGUUUCGAGUACCUGAUGGGUGUGAUCUAGUUGCAGCUGGUGCACUUCCUGUUGCAUAUGGGACAUCACAUGUGGCUCUGGUGCAUAGAGCGCAGCUGCGUCCCAAACAUGUUUUACUGGUACUUGGAGCAGCUGGAGGCGUUGGGCUCUCUGCAGUACAAAUUGGGAAAGUUUGUGGAGCAACAGUUAUUGCAGUGGCUAGGGGAAAUGAAAAGGUGCAGCUUUUGAAAUCUUUAGGUGUUGAUCAUGCAGUAGACUUGAGCAAUGCAAACGUCAUUGAAAGUGUCAAGGGCUUCCUGAAGUCAAGAAAGCUCAAAGGGGUUGAUGUCUUGUAUGAUCCAGUUGGUGGGAAGCUUACAAAAGAUAGCUUAAAGCUAUUAAAUUGGGGAGCACAAAUUCUGGUUAUUGGAUUUGCAAGUGGGGAAGUACCUGUCAUCCCAGCGAACAUUGCUUUAGUGAAGAACUGGACAAUUCACGGACUGUAUUGGGGAAGCCAUAAGAUACAUCAACCUAAUGUUCUUGGAGAUUCUCUGAACGAGCUUCUAUCUUUGUUGUGUAAGGGCUUGAUUACAAUCAACAUUUCUCAUACAUUCAGCCUGGCAGAGGCCCAUCUUGCUUUUACUGCUCUCAAAGAUAGGAGAGCAAUUGGAAAGGUGAUGAUAACAUUUGAUAAUGGGAGAAUCGUGAAGUCCAAACUUUAAUUGGAGCGGCUCAGAAUGAGACGAGGUGCAGAAGAUUUUCCUGCAGCUUGAAUGGUUGCUAUUGCUACGUAACAAUAACGUACAUGAAGAUUUGCGCGAAAUAAAGUAAAAUCUAGUUUGAAUCUUACUUUCUUUUGUCUUUUAUGUUCAAAAAUCAUUUUCAAAAUAUACUGUCCUGUCGUAAUUCAAAUCAUAUCUAUCAUGUUGCAACA